ACCUCCUCUCUCUCAUUCCCCAACUCGUGUACUCCUCUGUUCAUCUGUAAUCGAGAACGAGAGCCUCGAAUUCCUUCGUCUGUAAGAUAGAUCGAGUGAAUCCUGUGUUGCUCCUCACAUUCACCCUGUCGACGACCCAAUUUGCUACCUCGCUUCUGGAGCAGUCCGCACGCCGGCGACCCGGGCGCUUCCUCCGCGAUUUGCCUCGACCUCGACCUCUACCUCGACGACCCGCCUCCCGCUGCGCGGCAUCCGCGAGUCGACCUUCGCCUUCCACGUCUCCGCCGCCUUCGGCACGCCGGCGACCCCGGCGCUUCCUCCGCGAUCUGCCUCGACCUCGACCUCUACGACCUGCCUCCCGCUGAUCGGUUUCAGCUCGUUGACCCCUCUCCUAUCUGCACUUUCUGACUGCUGUUCCCCGCCCGCCCGCCAUGGAUUAUACAACCAGGGUCAUUGCUUUCCAUGGACUGUUUCACACUAUUGUCUGUCAGACAGACAAUUCCCCAUGCCCACUUUUAGCUUUAUGUAAUUCAUUAAUUCUAUUGGGCGAGCUCAACUUAAAUUUAAGGCAAGGUGUCUGUACUAUAUCAGAGAAGAAACUUAUUGAGCGUGUCUCUGAUUAUUAUAUGACUAAGGCCACUCACAAGGUGUCGAAAAUUAGGAAAACUACAAAUAAGUCCGUCAAACGCUUGGCACAACCCAUUCAAUGUAAAAUGAUGCUCACAAGUGUUGAGCAUAUGGAGAACAGCGGAGAACUCAAAUUAUUUGAGCAAUUGGGUAUUAAAGUUUAUCAUGCCAAUGUUGUUGAUCCCAAGGAAGAAGAACUGGUUAGAGCCGUAGGGACAAAUACAUUUGACACCCUUUUGGCUGGUCUUGCUGCACAUAAAGCUAAGACAGAUGUGCAGAGUCAUUCUCCCGGUUCUUCACAGGUGGAUGAGAGUGCAUCAUCGCAUUUGGAGGCAGUCGAUUGGGAAUUGAUUGAUGACUUCCUUAGCAAGAACCACACUCAGUUAACAACAUAUGGUAUUCAGUCUAUAAAACAACAGAUGAUAGAUAAGAAUGAAACCGUAUGUGCUUUGUUCUGGAAGAAUCACUUUCACGUGAUGUUGCAGCUACAUGGAACUUUACUUCUGUUACAAAAUACUUCAGAUCAGGUUGAAAAGCCUAUUGCAUGGCAGCAUAUCAAUGAUGUUUUGGACAGCUCAUGGACACAAGGGAAUGACUAUGUUGCAAAAUCUGUGUAUUUUAGAGGUUGCCGGACAUUCAUUAUUUAUCCUAAUAUGAAUGGCUCAUCCGCACUGGUAGCACUAUGCAAUGCCAUCCUUCUAAGAGGUGAUGUGGACCUGAGUAAAAUACUUGAUUGUAACUUGAGUCUAAAUCUUUCCCAACUUCAUCAAGUUGUUUUCGGGGCCAAAAAGACUGUGUCCUAUACCAUGACGCCAGAACAAUGGCUUGUAGCAGUAGGAUGCCUUCAUCAACAUGUCGAUGUUAAAAUCAACUUCAAAAACAUCUACAACAUAAAAAUCACGAAAGACCUUCAGAUUUUUGAGGGCCUUGGCUUUCGUUUAUGUCAUGGUUUCAUCGCUGACCCGGAGGAUCUCAAUCUUUGCAAUGCAAUUGGAGAAAGGUAUUAUGAUUGUACAACUGAGAGCCCAACUUCUCAUUUGAAGGCUGACGAUCAUGGAAAGUUACUUGAUAAGUUCCUAAAAGAUCAUGAUACUGAACUAACACCAUAUGGUUUGCGAAAUUUACAAGAGGAAUUGUCGGAAACAGAUAUCUGUGUUAUAUUCUGGAACAAACAGUUUCAUACAGCUAUCAAGUGCAAUAACCGCAUCUUUGUUUUGAAUCCAAGUUUGAGGUCAUUUGAUGAACAGAAAAUAUGGAGAAGUUUAGACAUUGUGGAUGGUGCUGGAGCAACUUUGGCCAGUCUUCCUGACCCUAUCUCUGGAAAAUCAGGCGAAUUUAUAUGCAUCAAUUCAGAUUGUUUAUUGGCAUUUACGUCAUCAUUUAAUCUUCAACGGCAUAAUUAUGUUAAUCAUACAAGUUCUGGCAGCACAGAAUUGGACAUUUUGCAACACAGAAGUGAAUAUAGUAAUUGUUGGGAUAGUCUCUCAUCUAAAGAGUCUGCCGAGAUAUUGUCUCUAGAGGAUAUGCAAUUUAAGAAUCUUGAGGGAAAACUCAUUGUGCGAAUACUAGAACAGCGGUCUUCUCAAAAGGACGGAGUUGCUAUGAUGUUGUUGGACAUUAGGCGUCGUUCCAUGGAAGGAGAAAAGAUAACGUCAGAAGUUCUGUUUGCUGUUCUCGAUGGCGCCAGCGAGAAAACUUUGUUACGCUCUGAUAUUCGUAAUUGCAAAGAGGGAGGAAUAUGGGACGUCAGUCCGAGUGACAUCAUAACUAACAUGAACUCAUUGCUUGCGUGUUACAGCUACUUGCUUGAGAAGGCAUUGGCUGCACUAGCAUAUAAAGUUGGGGAAGAUCUUAUUGCCACGGAGAAAAGUAGGGGAAAGAAGGUCAACGACCAAAACAGUCAGGGAGAGCUGGAUAUUUCUGCUCAUUCUACCGAAGAUCAUAGUUCUAAUUCUACUGACCAACAUGAUAGCCCACCUUUAGAAGGCACCAAAGGUCAUAGUUCUAAUUCUACUGGCCAACAUGAUGAUCCACCUUUAGAAGGCACUGGAGACGGUACAAAAGAUGACAGGGUUCAAAGUAGCCAAUCCUUAAAACAUACUGAAGACGACAGCAUUGGCAAUCUGUAUGAUUUGAUUCUUGAAUUCCUUAGGAGCUUUAGGAACAACGACCCCAAAAAGUUCUACAGAGGUGAAAUUGAAACGAUUAAGUAUAUGGGCAAUUUGGAUAUACACAUUCAUUUUCCGCACAUGAAAGAGUAUUCUGCAGAACUUGCUGCAUAUAUUAUUGAUCAUCAUGACAGUGACGGGGUUAAAGUUGAUAUAUCACGUGCUGCUGCUCAAUACCUUGUUGAACAUAACAUUGGAAAACCUGAGGAAGAGAUACGUGAGGGUAUAAAAGUGAUAAUGGUGGAUCUGCCCUCACCAACCAGUAACAUGUCCUUUAAGAAAUAUGCUAGGCUAAACAAGUUGAUAAGGCCUUUUAAACUUCCGAAGAAGUUUCGUCGACUUUUUUCACUUAGAUGGAAAGGAAGAUUGUACUUGAUGACAUAUGCUGGAAGAAGAGCUGCUCGUGGGCUAAUGAACUGCAUCAUUAAGAAGCACAAGGAAAAACUUUGUUGGAGAGGUGAAUGGAAAUUGUCUGACAUGUGCAUCGAAGAUGGAUUGUUUGUUAUUGACACAGAAGCAUUGUAUGUUGCGGAUGUCGAGGGUAUGGCUUGGGAUUAUAAGAAGUACAUUGAGCUUCUGAAUCCUUUCUAUGUCACAGUUGAACAAUCCUCCUCCUCUGGGUCAAAGAAAAAAACAAUCCUCUUCCUCCGGGUCAAAGAAAAAACAAUCCUCCUCCUCCUCGUCAAAAGAAAAACAAUCCUCCAAUAGUCCACCAUAUUGGGAAAUACUUCAAACUGACACCAUGGCGAUGCCAGAUCCGUUCAAGGACCCAAAGGCAUUUGACAGAUUUCAGAAGUACAUGUCUGCACACUUUGCAUUCAUGCCACCAGUUAGUAUAUUUCAGUUUCUUUGUCUGCUAUUUAGCAUUUGUGAUGGACUGCGGCCAAACAGCGAUCAACAAUAUGGACCGCUGAACGUUAAGCCGAAGGCUGUUGAAAAUUGGACACCCAAGGCUAUAGGAGUAUUUCUAUUUAAUGAUGUCUUCUUCUAUUCGAAGAAUGGUGUCAUUGUCAAUGCGUAUAGUAAUACGUACUGGUAUAUGCUAAAGUUUGUUAGACAUUUCUCUUCACAUAUUCUAAGUCUGACAAAGAACACUGAAUGCCAAGACGUCCAAGAUAUGAUCUUAAUACAUUUAAUGCUAGCCUGUCGUCUUGAUCGUAAUUUGGCAUCACUAAUCGACACAUUGUUAAUCAAACAAACAUGGAUGGACUAUUUUUACGUGCAUGGCAAGCGCUCUUAGCUUCAGAUGAUAAAAUCGAGGAGGAUUUCUUAGAAGAUCAAGUAUCUGAAUCUGAGGAUGAAGAAAGUGACACUGGUGUUGAAGAGACAAGGGAUGAAAUCGAGGAUGAAGAUAUUGCAGAUCUUGAACCGUUCAAAUCUGAGGAUGAAGAGUGACAAGGAAUGCUAUACUGGGAAGAGACAGAAGGCUUGAAACCAUCUCGAGAUGCAUGCUCUGCAGGCAACACUUCAGCUCUGCGGGCAAGGGCUGUGGAAAUUCACCACGAUUUGUAGAUGCAUGCCCUGCUGAACCUUGUUUUUGUUCAGCUUGAUGAUCAUGCUUAUGGAUAAGACCGAACUAGCCCAUGUAGUUAUGCAUGAGUUCAUCCCUCUGUUUUCUCCUAGGGCGUUAGAUAGAAGCAGCAUUUGAGGGUUUUCUAUGGGAGUCGGCUGUUUUUUUGUUAGUCUUGGGCGAAUUUGUUUGCCCCCUCUUCUCUGGGUUCUCCGGUGGCCGCACAAGCACAAGAGUGCUCCUGUAAGCAACUACUUUUACCGAGAGCCCCGACUCAUGGAUCUACCAUACCACAUCAGAUGCCCGUACAGCAGGAGCGGGAUGGGCGUUGUACAUCCUUAGGAUGUGGACUGCGGAGCACGUCCGUGGCACACGAAUGAAGUGGGUCGUGUGGCCCUUAUAACAAAAGAACUUGGAGCACUGCUUGCUAA